UGAAAAGAUUCCUUAAUUUGCGAAUGUAAAUACAGAAAGAUUACUGUGAACCCUAUUCCCGUUUGGCCGUUCCCCACAUCCACCUCUUUAAUCAAGUUUCUGGUCUUUCUGCCUUCCUUUUUCUACUUCUCUUUCAUCUCAUCUUUCAACCCUUCAACCUUUCUUCUGUCUUCUUUGCCUCUCUUCUCCUUCCUCUUCUUUCUAUCCCCUUCUUUCAGAGAAGAAAAAUAUUUCAAUUAGAAGGGAGAGAAAGGCGGUUUCUGUAUUUUUUUCUGGGUUUUUAGAACCAGAUCGGAAGUUUGAGAAGAUCCUCAAAGCAACAGUCUUUUUAAAUUGUUCCAUCAGCUUUUGUCUACAGGAAGGAACACACGGGCUUGAUGCAGGGCCAGAAGAGUGCCAUUGGUUCCCUACCUGACUCAAUAAACUUUGAUUAUGGCCCCCCGUCAAGUAAUGUGGGUGUCAAUCAGCAAAUUUGCUGGAAUACUAUCAGGAAUCCCCCUGAAAGCAGGGUGUCUGAUCUUAGGAUUUCAGCUACCAAUUCAGAUAACAUCGGUGGUGUUGGUCAAGAAGGGACAGGCCUUAGUAAAUGGACUAUUGGUGAACCAAGUUCUAGCAUUGACCAGAACCUGGUUCGCUGUGAUGACCAAUUAACUCAAAGUGGAUGGUCCACUUCAAUGAAUGGAUCUGUGGGUAUUGCGUUGAGGUUAGAAGAGCAGAGAUAUGAUCCCGCUAAUUUUGUUUCACAAAAUGGUGUUAAUUUGAACAUUGGCAGCAACCAGGUUGUUAUUGGGCCCUCGUUUGUGCAAAGCUCUGACUUAAAUUCUGGUUCUCAAAGGCAGGAUUUAAGCGAUAGAAAUUUUCUUAGAGUUGGUGAUGAUAUGGACUGUCCUAAUUCUUUAAAAUCUAAUGGCUUUGGGGGAAAAUUUUCUUCUACUAAUAAUACUGAUCCUUUUGCUUCGUCAUCUGGAAGUGGUGGUCUCCUUGUUGAAGAGGAUGAUUGCAGGCCUGGUUGCUUAAUGGAUGGUCGUCGUCUUUCUUGUAAGAGAAAAACCUUGGAAGGAAAUGUUGGACAGUCUUCUAGUAGUGGAAAUUACUUUUCCCAGGCAGAGAGCAACUUGUGGCAUGCAGUUCCUCCUCGAUAUGACGCUAGUGGAAGUGUUAAUGCACCCUUACCAUCAGAAGGGUCUCCUAACAUUAGUGCAACAGAACAAGUCAAUGCAAGGCUCGGACUUGGGAUAGGUGGAGGAGUUUCGGCUGACACAUUCCGUCCUGUAAGUUUGCCUGCAGGCGCAGAAAUCUCUCAGAGGAAUUAUCGUUUGAGGGUGAAUCACUCGAUACAGCAAGAUUCUAUGCCAAAUAAUUCGCUUUCAAUAGCUCCUAUUAGUGGUGAUCGGCGACCUGACAUUCCAUCAGCCCAUCAACCAUUAAGAUUUUUGCCUUUGAAUCCUCCUAUUGACUUGAGGUCUCCCAUUCUCCCGGAAAGUCCUGCGCCACAAAGUCAAUCUGUUAUGUUGCGUGUAUCUGCCCUUCAGCGGAACUCGCAACUUCAGAGGUGGAAUAGAUCUCCUAAUUUAAGGCCUGGAAGUUCAUCCAGUCCUGUCAUUCCUGGCGAUAGGGAUGCUCCCUGGCCUGAAGAUUUGAACUCUGGAAACAUUCCAAGGAAUAUUGCUGAACAUCCAAUGUUUGUGCCUCCUGCAGAGACGAGAAAUUCUGCUCAAAAUCCAACAAGAUGGAGUGUCAGGAGUGGAAAUGUUGGUAUCUCUAGAAACAUUCCAUCAAAUUCUCGUACUGGGUCAGCUUCAGCUUCAGCUUCCCGCACUGCACCAGGACCUAGUUGGGCCCCACACCGCCAUUCUUCAGCACAGUAUUCCCGUCGGUUGUCGGAAUAUCUUCGUAGAUCAGUGUUAUCAGUGGGGCAUGAAAUCGCUGGCCAAAAUGGUGGUAAUAACCAACUUCGUUCAGGGCCAGCUAACUCACCUGACGUAAUACUUCCAUCUAUUGGUGCGAACCAAGGACAUAAUCAGUCACAUUCUAGGUCAGCAUUGUCGAUCGAGAGGCAAGGUGAUGGUGCUCUUGGCACUCCCUAUUCUUUGCGAGCAUUAGCAGCUGCUGGUGAAGGAAGAAGCCGCCUUGUAUCUGAGCUUCGCAAUGUCUUGAACAUGAUGCAUAGAGGUGAAGGAUUACAUUUUGAGGAUAUUAUGAUCCUUGAUCAUUCGGUCUUAUUUGGGAUGGCCGAUAUUCAUGAUCAACAUAGGGACAUGCGGCUUGAUGUUGAUAACAUGUCUUAUGAGGAGCUGUUGGCUUUGGAAGAGCGAAUUGGUAACGUCUGCACCGGACUAAGCAUGGAGAAAAUAUUGAGCAGUAUGAAGCAGUGCAAGUACAUACAUACUAUGAGUGACGAUCAUAUUGAGUCGGAGCCUUGCUGUAUAUGUCAGGAAGAGUAUACCGACGGAGAGGACAUCGGAACACUGGAUUGUGGACAUGAUUUCCACAGAGAGUGUAUCAAACAGUGGUUGACACACAAGAAUUUGUGCCCCAUUUGUAAAACAACAGGCUUAGCUACAUAAGCUAAGAAAAGGCGACAUUUAAAGUGUAUUUGAAGUUGCUGUUUCCAAAGGGAACACAUGAGCGGAAAUGUUUGGUUUAUUAAUGAAUGUUUCUUCAAAGACUUUGGUCGCAUGAAUCUUUUGAUCGGCUAGAGAAUUUCUAUUAUUUAUUAUUACAAUUUUUUUAACUUAUAUUAUUAUUAUUAUUAUUAUUAUUAUUGCUUA